AGACCCUGCGCUUGGCAGUGGCUGCUCUGGGCUCCUUGUCACCAGGACAACCGGCCCCGCCGCAGCGCGUUUGCCAUGGUUUUCUCAAACAGUGAUGAAGCCCCCAUUAACAAAAAGUUACCCAAAGAACUUCUGUUAAGAAUAUUUUCCUUCUUGGAUAUUGUCACUUUGUGCCGAUGUGCGCAAGUUUCCAAGGCAUGGAAUGUCUUGGCUCUGGAUGGAAGUAACUGGCAAAGAAUAGAUCUUUUUAACUUUCAGACAGAUAUAGAGGGUCGUGUGGUGGAAAAUAUUUCCAAAAGGUGUGGUGGAUUCCUGAGACAACUUAGUUUGAGAGGAUGUCUUGGUGUUGGAGACUCCGCUUUGAAGACAUUUGCACAGAACUGUAGAAACAUUGAACAUUUGAAUCUAAACGGAUGUACAAAAAUUACUGACAGCACGUGUUAUAGCCUUAGCAAAUUCUGUACCAAGCUGAAACAUCUGGAUCUGACAUCCUGUGUAUCUAUUACAAACAGCUCUUUGAAAGGUUUAAGUGAGGGUUGCAGAAAUCUGGAACAUUUGAAUCUUUCCUGGUGUGAUCAGAUUACGAAGGAUGGUAUUGAAGCACUGGUGAAAGGGUGCAGUGGACUAAAAGCACUAUUUCUUAGAGGUUGCACACAGUUGGAAGAUGAAGCACUGAAACACAUUCAAAAUCACUGUCGUGAACUUGUAAUCCUGAACUUGCAGUCAUGCACACAAAUUUCAGAUGAAGGCAUUGUAAAAAUUUGUAGAGGAUGCCACAGACUUCAGUCACUGUGUGUUUCUGGUUGUAGCAACCUUACAGAUGCUUCUCUCACAGCACUUGGUCUAAACUGUCCGAGAUUGAAGAUUUUGGAAGCUGCAAGAUGUUCCCACCUGACAGAUGCAGGUUUUACACUUUUAGCACGGAAUUGCCACGAACUGGAAAAGAUGGACUUAGAAGAGUGCAUUCUGAUAACAGAUAACACAUUGAUACAACUUUCUGUUCACUGUCCUAAACUGCAAGCAUUGAGCUUAUCUCACUGUGAACUGAUCACAGAUGAUGGGAUUCUGCAUCUGAGCAACAGUACCUGUGGUCAUGAAAGGCUCCAGGUCCUAGAGUUAGACAAUUGUCUUCUUAUCACCGAUGUGACCCUGGAGCACCUAGAGAACUGCCACAGUUUGGAGAGAAUUGAGUUAUAUGACUGUCAGCAAGUCACGCGAGCAGGAAUCAAAAGAAUAAGAGCUCAUUUACCUGAUGUGAAAGUUCAUGCCUACUUUGCUCCAGUCACCCCUCCUCCUUCUGUAGGAGGUAGUCGACAGCGACUCUGCAGGUGCUGCAUUAUUCUUUGACAGUAGGAGCAUCAGCAGAGGAAGAAAGAUUCCUUUAAUUAUGGAAACAAAAUCAGACUGCAAGUGGCUUGCAGAGUGUCAGUUUCUUAACUGCCA